GUUCGUUUAUUUUAAAUAGAAAAAUCCUAAGAUGAAACUAAUAAAAUUAACCAUGGCGGCCUCCGAGUCACAAUUUGAUUUUGAAGCCUCGAGGGGAAAAUACUUGUUGAGUUUGGAUGCAUCCCACAAGAAACAAUCAGUCUCCUGUCUUCAGAUAUGCACAGAUUCACUUACAGGGAGUGAUGGAGAGAAGAAGACUGCCUUGGAUCAGGCAUAUAGAAACUAUGUGAGGAAGCUUGUGGUUAGCGGUGCUAGCUGCAGUGACUUCACGUCCCUGGUCCACCUGUCCACCGAGGCUGUAGAGGCGGGUCUCUGCUCCCCUGCGACCCCAUUCCUGCUCCUGACAGAUAUCUUCGAUUCGGUGACCAUCAGCGUCUGCAAGGAUGUCUUCCAGUUUGUGGAAGACAGGGUUGCCACAUGGAAACAGACUGAUUUUUAUUCUUCAGGAAAGAAUUAUCUGCUCAGGAUGUGCAAUGAUCUACUGAGAAGGUUGUCCAAGUCCCAGGACAUGGUGUUUUGUGGUCGAAUUCAACUCUUCUUGGCCCGGUUCUUUCCACUGGAUGAGAAGUCAGGUCUUAACUUGAUGAGUAACUUCCAUCUGGACAAUGUUACCACAUAUAACAGGACCAAGCUGGAGGGACCACUUCGCGCUCGAGUACCCCAGGCCAUUGAUAAACAGGACUCGAUGGAUUAUGAGGAAGGGGAGAUGGGGGCAUCGACCCCUGUCGACUACAAGCUCUACCGUCAGUUCUGGUCACUCCAGGACUUCUUCAGGGCUCCACUGCAGUGCUACGCCAAGGACAAGUGGAAGGAUUUCUCAAAUAAUGCCCUUGCAGUCUUAGAUGCCUUCCACAGUAUGAAGCUGGAAGACGUGGUGGCUGGAAAGAAGAAGAAGAGGAGACGACACCAUCGGCAGCAGCAGAAGGAAGAGGAAGAGGAGGAACUCGCUAGGCAACAAAUGCUGUUGAAGAUGGAGCAGGAUUUAGAGACUGGCUCCGGCGAUCAAGUGUCCUUCGCAAAGUACCUCACCAGCGAGAAGCUCUUUGAUCUUCAAUUGAGUGAUGCCAUGUUCAGGCGCUAUGUCUACGUUCAGUUCCUCAUCCUCUUCCAGUACUUGAACCAGCAGGUCAAAUUCAAACAAGCCCACCAUGUUCUCACCGAUGAGAUGUCACUGUUCAUCAAGGAAACCCGGGAGAAAGUCAUCGCCCUCCUCAGGGAAACCCCUCCCCAUGGCGUCAAGUUUGCUGAGGGGAUAGAGCAUAUAUUAAGCAGAGAAGAACACUGGAAUGCAUGGAAGAAUGAAGGGUGCCCUAGCUAUGUCAAAGAAAAAGGGAAGACAGAACAAGCAAGGCCGAAAUCAAGAGCUAGGAAGAGGACAUUAGGUGAAGAAUUAAAUAUGGCAGGAGCUUCUAAGAAGAUUGACUUGGGAAGCCCAGAACUGACGAGGCUAUGGAAUGUGUAUCCUAGCAACCUUGAAGCAUGCGCUGCAGAAGACAGGAUAUUUCUACCUCAGGUUGAAGAUUUCUUUCAAGAAGCUAUAGAUCAGGCCGAUCCUGAAGCCAUGAUAGAAGCAGAAUACAAAGUGGUAAACAACAGUAACUACGCCUGGCAAGCCAUCCGGCUCUUGGCCAAACGCAGCCCCCAUUUUUUCCAGACCGUAACGGCCACCAAUCCUCCACUCAAGACCAUCCCUGCGUACCUGGAGUACAUGGUCACCAAGAUAGCCAAAGAGCUCCCUCAAUCUGAGGAGAACAAAGCAGAAGAACUCAAAACGGAGGAAGAGACUAACGAAAACGAUGAGCUCUUGAAGGCCUCCGAAGAAGGCAUGGACAAAUCGCCUUCUACAGUCGUCACUGAAGAACAGUUUGCACUCGUAGCUUCAAAGAGCGGCGACAGCUGGCAAACGCUUGCCAUCGAGCUUGGCUUCAGCGAUGAGGAGAUCAGCUCCAUCGUUUCAGAGACAUCCGACCUCAAGGAUCAGGCCAAGCGGAUGCUACGACUCUGGCAGGACAGAGAGGGCGACGAGCCAUCGCGGGAGAGGCUCAUCGCCGGACUGACGGAAAGCGGACUGGACGACAUCGUGGAGUCGGUGUUCACGGAGAAGCGGAAGGCGGUUGAGAACGGUGAGGAUGCCGUAGCUGAACCGCAACCUAUGGAGACGGACUCAUAGGACUUGUUGUAUUAACUGUACCAAGAUGGUACAUAUAGGUGGAGGAUGAAGCCUCCUAAAAUAAUCCAUACCGUACCCUAGUCACACUUAAGCGGAUCCAGGAAAGAUGUUCCAUUGGUUUGCCGGACAACUCCGUGGACAUUGCAUCCUGCAAUCCUAGCAACAGGGGGUUGUUACAGAUUAACUGGAGAGGUUCAAGGUUUCAGCCCCGAGUGUUUCAACGUUUUCAUGUGACAAGUUGUCCGAUCUGACAUCUUUCCUUGAUGCUGAUUGGCUGAGAAGCACUGUUACUAUGGUAACUCAUGGAUAAAACAGGACUUGUAGGAUAAAACGUUUGACAAGUCCUUUCAUGAAAUGCCCCAAAAGGUCAUGUCCAUGGUCUGAUCCAAGUGAAAAUGAUCAUAUUUGAUUUAUAAUUAUACACACAAUACAAAUUACACUCAUGCACUUUCUCCUGGAAGACAAUUACCCCGAGAGACUAGCAAUUUGUCCUCCAGGAAGUAGUCUUUGAGAUGAGUUAUCCUCCAAGGAUAUUUGCCCAUCUAUCCUCUCUUGGGGAUACAGUAUGUACUCCAAGGGGUUUUCAUGUUGGAAUCAUAUCAAAGGGAGUUGCUCUCCUAUAGAGUACCAAAUUGAUGAUGCCACUAAAAACUUUUUUUUUUGCAUUUCAGCAUUUUUGAUACCAUAUUUGGGUAGAGCAUAAUGGAAAAA